AAAAAAUUAGAAGACUCCAUUGCGGAAAUUAAAGAAAGAAAGAACGCGCUGAAGCGUCUAAUACACAAAAAAAUAAUCGAGAAAAAAAGACAGAGACAUCUCCUGCUGGAAAUACAAAGGUCCAUGAGAGACAGCCGCCCAGAAAAAAACCAAGAGACCGAAGAGGAAGCGCAGGAAAGAAUUUUUAUCGGGCCAGAGAAAAGAAAAGCACGAAUUGAGAAAUAUCGGCUGAAUGCCGCAAGAAGAAAGAUGUCUAUGGAAGCACAUGGGAGGAGAAUGGAACUUGACGCAAUGAAGCUAGCUGAAGAACUGAAGGCGCAGGAAGAAGCGGAUAGACUGGCGGAAGAGCAGAGAGUAGCUGAUGAGCUGAGGGCGCGGGAAGAAGCAGAUAGACUGGCGGAAGAGCAGAGAGUGGCUGAAGAGCUGCAGGCGCAGGAAGAAGCAGAGGCUGAAAGGCAGCAGUUGGAGCAAGAAGAGAAGGUGAAGAGCGAAGCCAAAAAGCUGAAAGACCUUCAGGAGCAGCGGCUGGAGCAAGAAGAGAAGGUGAGGAGCGAAGCCGAGAAGUUGAAAGACCUUCAGAAGCAGCAGCUGGAGCAAGAAGAGGCGUCGCAGGCUGAGAUUAAAAGGCUAGCCGGAAUACAGAAGCAGAUGCUGGAGAAGAAUCAGAAGUUGCAGGCUGACGCUGAGAAGCUGGAUGAAGACAUAAAGCAGAGACUGGCUGAAAAGAAGCUUGCAGACGAGCAGGCUAAGGCCGAAGCAGAAAAGCAGAGACUGGCCGAUGAGAAGAGGACGAAAAAGCAGGCUGAGGACGAAGCAGAAGAGCAGCGCCUUGCAGAAGAAAAAAAAGCCAGAGAAGAGUCCAAGAAAAAAGCCGAAAAU